UGCAAGCGGGGCAAGAAUUCUGGGAUUCGAAGCUCUACACGAGGCGAGGCUGCUCUUUCGGUAUUUCUCUGUUCUAAAAUUUUCUAUGCCAACGGUCAAAUUCCUAUAGCUUUCAUCUGAAGCCGUAUACGCGCUCCCGGUUUUCCCUCAGAUUAAUUGUUAAUGUGAACUUUCAACAUAGCACGCUACCUCAAUUGACUGGCUGGCGGGUCUGUUGUUAUUCUUCUUCUUGUUGUUUUUGGUGGUGACUUGACAGCAUCCCGAGAGGCCCUGUAUCGGAACCAGCGAAGAGCGAACGAACCACGCAGUCGAAAGCCGUAGCCUUCCGCCCUCCUAUCUCGACGCCUAAAUCACCUCCUCGCCGUCCAUACGUUCGUCGUCACUUGUCCAAGGGCCACAAUGUCGAGUCAACCUCUCCUCCAAACCGCCCCAGGCAAGCGAAUUGCCCUCCCGACACGCGUGGAGCCCAAGGUCUUCUUCGCCAACGAGCGGACCUUCCUCUCCUGGCUCAAUUUCACCGUCCUCCUCGGCGCCCUCGCCAUCGGCAUGCUCAACUUCGGCGACCGCCCCGCCUUCAUCAGCGCCUUCCUCUUCACUGGCGUCGCCAUGCUGACCAUGAUAUAUGCCCUCGUGACAUACCACUGGCGUGCCAAAUCCAUCCGGAUCCGCGGCCAGGCCGGCUUCGACGACCGCUUCGGUCCGACCUUCUUGGCCAUCAUCCUUCUGUUGGCCGUUGUCGUCAACUUUGUGCUCAGAAUAACUUAUUCGGCCAAGGGAGCCGACGGGAACUGAAACCGAGAUACGAAACCACCUUUUAUAUAAAAGCUAUCUGGGCUCCCUGUCCUCCUCUCGGGGACGUAUAUUCUGUGGCCUUUCGCUGUAUAUGGUUGGAUCUGGUCUGAAUGCCGCGCGAGAUGGGGAAGGGCUUUUGGGGAAGAUGCUUUCAAUGGGGUCUAUACUAGGGAACACGUCGUUUCAAAGAUCUCUUGAUCCUAUCCUUAUGGCGGAUUAGGGCGUAUUUGGGCAUUAUUUGGCUGUAGGUUAUACGGUGUCAAACUGGAACACAUCAAUAGAGCAACUGAUUCACUUGUAUGGUUUCGGGGCUACGAAUGCAGCUUUUUCACCACUGG